UGCAAUGUUGCGCUUUCCUGUUUACGGGCGGGAAGAGCGAACGAAGCUGAAGCCCUAUUAUUUAAAUCUCCAGGACAUUUGUUUUAAUUUACCCAGGACACGUGGUUUGCGUGUUUUACUGAUACACUGGAAACCGAGACGUGAGGUGGAAUCAUUGCUGGUGGACCAGUGGUGAAAACUAGCGAGGUUUUUGCAGAGUGGGUGCAGGACAGAUGGAGGGUCCUCCUGCUGAUUCUGGUGGUGGUGCAGCUGCGGAGGGCCCCGCGGUGCAGGUGUCCGAUAUGCGCUUGCCGACCGGGGCUCUUCCUCUCCGGCUCCUAGAGUGGAGAGUCAAACCGGGGUCUCUUGUUAACGUGGACUCCGUGCUGGCGCUGUGUGCUCCCGUAGCUCAGGAGAAGGUGACGGAGGCUGUCAAGUUGCCCGAGAGGAAGGUGAAAUCGGACCGUGCUGGAGUAGUCAAGGAGCUAGGCUGCCAGGUUGGACAAAUCAUUCUUCCUGGGAGCGUCAUUGUCAAAAUCGAAGAAUGCAGCCAUCCCAUUGUCAUGAAGGGUUUGUGCGCAGAGUGUGGUCAGGACCUGACUCAGCUCCAGGGGACAAAUGGGAACCAGCAAGCUCCCAUCUCCACAGCAACAGUCUCCAUGGUGCACAGUGUCCCUGAACUGAUGGUCAGCUCUGAGCAAGCAAAACAGCUGGCCAGAGAAGACCAGCAGAGACUCCACCGGAACAAAAAGUUGGUCCUCAUGGUGGAUUUGGACCAGACACUAAUCCAUACCACUGAGCAGCACUUCCAGCGCAUGUCCAAUAAGGGCAUUUUUCACUUCCAGCUUGGGCGAGGAGAGCCCAUGCUCCACACUCGGCUACGCCCUCACUGCAAAGAAUUCUUGGAGAAAAUUGCCAAACUCUAUGAGUUGCACGUCUUCACAUUCGGGAGUCGUCUGUACGCACACACCAUUGCUGGCUUUUUAGAUCCUGAAAAGAAGCUUUUCUCUCACAGAAUCCUUUCUAGAGAUGAAUGCAUCGAUCCAUUCUCCAAGACGGGGAAUCUUAGGAAUCUUUUCCCCUGCGGGGAUUCAAUGGUCUGUAUCAUCGACGACCGGGAGGACGUUUGGAAGUUUGCACCAAACCUCAUCACUGUGAAGAAAUACAACUACUUCCAGGGCACCGGAGACAUCAACGCUCCACCAGGAUCACAGGAAGCUCAGAUGGCCCGGAAAGGAGGCCCUUUAAGUCGACCACCAGAGAGCACAGAACAAGCAGGUGCUGAUGAGCACAGUAAUGGUCUCAGGAAAAAAGCAAAGGACCUCAGUGUUUCAGAAAAAGAAGAUCCCGUAAUACCUCAGUCUCAGGUAGGAACAUCGAAUGAAAGGACACAAAGUGACCCAGGACAAAGUCAUGGGUCAGAAACUGGUCAGAAAGGAUCAGAGUCUGGGGUGGAAUCAAAGGAAACUCAGGUGUGUGACGAAACAAAAGUUAAAGAAGAUAAUGAUAACAGGACAGAAGUAGCACAGGAAGGUGUAAACUCUUCUGUGCUGAGCCGUGAGGGCAAUAACUUAGAUUUUGACCUUUCUAGUGACAGUGACAAUGACUCCAUCACAGAAAAACCUCCCUCAUCAGACAGUGGUAGUGAAGGCAGGUCUUUCCAGACAAAGGAAUCUGGACCGGAAAAAGAAGGACAAGAACCCACCGAUGAGGACGGGACAAAGGAAAAGGACAGCAAAGUUUCUUGUGAAGUAGAAAAUAGUUGUGACGUUUCACAACCUUCAGGUGUCGUCCUCUCUGACCCGGAGCUUGGAAAUGGAUGUUUGGACAGGAGAGAACCAGAAACCGAAUCUCAGAAUAGUGAACAAUCUGGAGUCACCGUGGGUGGAGAGCUGCUUGAUCAGAGCAUGGAGGACGAGGAGGAAGAAGACGAAGCCGACACUGACCGGGACGAUCACCUGAUAUACCUGGAAGAAGUGCUGGAAAGGAUCCACACUGAGUACUUUGCUCGUUAUGAGACCUACCUGAGGAAGGAGACCUCUGAGAUGCCGGACAUUCGAAGGAUUGUUCCUGAGUUGAAGAGCAAGACGCUGGAGGGAACAACUUUAAUGUUCAGCGGUCUUUACCCAACUAACUACCCCAAGGAGAGGACUCGAGAAUACUACCACGCCAAAGCACUGGGGGCCAAGAUUGGCAAGAAUCUGAUUCUAAACCUGCAAGACCCGAAUCGGACAACCCAUCUCAUCGCAGCAAGAGCAGGAACAGAGAAGGUGCGUCAGGCACAAGGCUGCAAACUCCUUCAUGUCGUCAACCCUGACUGGCUGUGGAGUUGUUUGGAGCGCUGGGAAAGGGUUGAAGAAAAGCUGUACCCUCUGAAGGAUGAUUACUCCAAGACGUCACGGAGCAACAGCCCCGCUGCUUUUCUGGACAACCAGGGCUCCAUGCAGAAUCCCAUUUUCCACCAAGCUCCACUCCACCCCAAACCUCCACCUGCAGCACCGGAGGUUCGGACGUAUGACCCCGUGACGGGAAAGCUCAUUCGCAGGGGCCCUCAGGUGUCCUGUCCACAACCCUACCUGCAGCGGUCCCUCUCUGACCCCAGAGAUCAGUCUGCUCUAAGAGGAACUGCACAAAGUCAACAAAACGAGGUGGCAGGAUCCAGCCGAGCUGACGAGCAGCCAGGACCUUCCCGACGAAAACGCCAGCUGAGCAUGUCCGAAACCAUGCCCCUGUACACACUUUGCAGGGAAGAUCUAGAAAGCAUGGAUAAAGAGGUGGACGACAUCUUAGACGAGGAGAGCGACAAUGAAAGCGAAGGCCAAGGGAAGGAGAGGACGAAUGCCAAGGUGAUGGACGACGCAGAGGAGAGUCAGACAGGAGGUGGACAAACGUCUGGGAGAGAGCUCGGUCCUCAAGCGAGCGGUGUGGAGGAGAGGCUUCAGACGUCAUCUAGUGACAACAAUCUGUCCCAAAACGUUCAAAGGGGUCACAAACGUAAGCAAGAGGAGGAGGGAGAAGAAGAAGACAUGGCCGGACACGAUGCAAAGAAAAAACGAGGGGACGACUCUGCUGAAUCCUCCAAGGACUCCAACGAAGAAGAAGGCAGCAGCUCCGAGGCAGACGAGAUGGCCGCCGCGUUGGAGGCGGAGCUGAUCGAUUUUAUGUGACGUGGACACCAAAACAAAUGGCUCAGUCAGAAACAACAACAAUCUUGGUCACCUUUCCAAGUGGUACCUUAAAGGUUUUUCUUUUUGUUCUGGAAUCUGUGGAAUCGGGAUGUGUAAGCCAUUGAUAGGUGUUAUAAUGAACUGAAUGUUCUUGCUGUGUAAAUAAAGGCUAAGUUUUUGUAGCACUUCCAUAUAGAGUUUUUGGCUAAAAAAAACUUUUCAUUUUAUUGUAAAAUGUCAGACUGCAGGAGGCAUAAAAUUUGAUACUUUUUUUCUACUUCAAGUUUUAUAUGAAUGAGCUGUGUUAUAUUGUAUAUGUAUAUUUUGCCGAUUGUUCUUGCCAAAGAGUUUGAAAUAAGUUUGCCACGGUGUGCAGCUAAACAUUUUACGAAUUUUUUUUCCUUUUGUUCUCAACUAGAUUUUAAGGCCGAUGCAACCAGACCUAAUCCAGACAUUUGAAUGUGUUUCCUCUUCCUUGUGGUCUUUGUAUAUUUUAAACUCUUGUGAUAAAUAACACCUUAUAACCAUAAAC